AUGGCUCGUGGCGUACUCAUCAGACCAACCGAGACGACGGGUCAACACCCCAUGCUGGCGGGACUCGCCUGCAAGCUACAGCCAUUUAUUGUCGGGCCCCAGAUCAAGGGAAAGUUCCAACAUCUCAUCCGACGAGAGGUGUGGGCAAAAGGCGAUCCAAAGCACGUCGUGGACUGGUCAGAUGGACGGACGUGGGCCAAGAUUCGGAGAGAGGGCUUCUUCCACCGCUCCGACGAGAUCAUGGUCAGCUGCGGUACUGUCACCAUCAGAGACUGCGCAUCGAACCGUCCGACCGUGCUGGUCGUCUACAAUUGCGACAUUGGCAUAUUCCAGCUGCCCAAGGGCCGCAAGGACUUUGACGAGGGCCAUCUAGGGGCCGCGCUGCGCGAAACGACCGAAGAGACAGGGAUAGCGGUCCGGCCGUUGAGGUUGAAAUUCGCGUCAAGAGCGACGGUGCCGGCCAAGGCGAUGGGAACCAGGGACUACGGCGCGGAGGACUCACGGGCGGGCUGGACAGAAGGACUCAGCAAUGAGAGUAUUGGCGUCAGCGAAUAUCCAGACCCGGCAACGGGAGCGUGGCGAAACAUCCAUUGGUUCGCGGCAGAGCCGAUUGGUUCGAUGGAGCGGGACGAGAAUCUGAUGCCCGAGGAGGACGACAGGCGCAAGUUUUCGACAUUAUGGAUGGAGGAGCACGAGGCAGUGGCGAGGCUGAAGCUGGACGACGAGCGUUUCAUGGUACAGGUGGCCUUUGCACAUCUCUCGAGCAUGUCAAGGAUGGAGUUGGAGCGGAGCAGAGCCUCAUUAGGGACACAGUAG